ACGAAUUCCAAUGAGACUAUACGUGUUACAGUGUCGGGACAGACCAGCCUUUCCGAAUAUUCACAAAUUAUAGGCUUACGUAGGUUAAAUUUGUAUUAGGAUAUCUAGUAAUUAAGAAACAAACGGCGUUCACGCGGUCUGUAGUCGUCUCAUCUGUAUUUCAUGACUUUGGGCAAGGUGCAUUAUUCACAUAUGGUCUCCACGUUCGUUCUUCUUCUUUACAGUCUGUGUAUGAUGCUUGACCAGAGAGUAGCAGAAGCUUCGGGUCCAACAGGGCCGCUCCAGUACCGCACUUAGCCCUCUCCGCGCACUAACUGACGUGUUUUGCGCAUUUCCUGGACCAGCCUUCAGACACAUACAGUCGGGAGAAAAAGAGGCAGGUCUGCAGGAAACUGAGUACCGACGGACAAACAAGAAUCCUGGGAGAAGCAAGUGAGAACGGAACCAUUGAAAACACUCCUUCUCCUGUCAGGAGCGCAUCGAAAGACGCUAUUGCGGAGAUAACUUUCCUCCCAAUGCGUGGAGGAGACACGUCCAGGGUUCCAGCCAGUCGAUGGAACGGGCUGCUCACCCCGAGGAGAUAUUUCACCCCCAGCAUAUAUUUCUGGCAUGUUUUGAGGUGUGGAAUGCUGGUCGUGUCGCUGCUGAUACGCUGUAGCUCUGUCUUUUCGCUCCAACUUGGAUUGCUGACUGCCUACAGGGUGUUUGGACAGCUUCAAGAUCACAUGCAGGUUGUCCGUAGGUCAUAGCAUUAGAUCCCCUCUACCUUCUACACAUUGCAUGAAGAUCCACGAGGACGAGGAAGGGCAUUUCCCGCUAUCUCAUAAAUAAAAACAAUCCCGAAAACAAACCGGUGGACCGUGACAUACACUGGUUGAAUAAUUAACUAGGCGCUGAAGUGGAAUAUUGUUACUAAAGCUCUCGAAAGUGGCCAUGGUGGUUUUUAACGGUCUGCUGAAAAUUAAAAUAUGCGAGGCUUUGGACCUGAAGCCUACAGCUUGGUCUUUGAGACACGCAGUCGGACCCAAGACUCAAACCUUUCUGCUGGACACGUACAUCGCCCUUAACGUAGAUGACUUUCGCGUGGGUCAGACUUCGACCAAGCAGAAGACCAACAGUCCCGCCUGGCACGAUGAGUUUGUGACGGAGGUGCACGACGGCCGUAAGAUUGAGCUGUCGGUGUUUCAUGAUGCGCCGAUUGGCUACGACGACUUUGUAGCCAACUGCACUAUUCAGUUCGAGGAACUGCUGCAUAACGGCAGCAAACACUUCGAGGAUUGGAUAGACUUGGAGCCAGAGGGAAAGGUCUUUGUCAUUAUCGACUUGUCUGGAUCAUCCAGUGAAGCUGGAGGCUGUGAGAAUGAGGAGCGUGUGUUCCGAGAACGCAUGCGUCCCCGGAAGAGGCAGGGAGCUGUCCGGAGAAGAGUGCAUCAAGUCAACGGGCACAAGUUCAUGGCCACCUACCUGAGACAGCCCACCUACUGCUCACACUGCCGUGACUUCAUCUGGGGUGUAUUAGGAAAGCAAGGUUAUCAGUGUCAAGUGUGCACCUGUGUAGUUCAUAAACGCUGCCAUGAACUGAUCAUCACUAAAUGUGCAGGUUUGAAGAAACAGGAGGACACCGCAGAGGAGGUGGGAUCCCAGCGUUUUAGCGUCAAUAUGCCUCAUAAAUUCAGUAUUCAUAACUACAAAGUCCUCACAUUCUGUGACCACUGCGGUUCAUUACUGUGGGGCCUGCUGCGGCAAGGGCUUCAGUGUAAAGUUUGUAAGAUGAAUGUGCACAAGCGUUGUGAAAUUAAUGUAGCUCCUAACUGUGGAGUGGACGCCAGGGGCAUCGCUAAGGUGCUGUCUGACCUUGGAGUCACUCCAGAUAAACUCUCCGGCAGCGUCCAGAGAAGAAAAAAGAUCUCUCAGGGUCCAGAUCCACACCCCUUACCCAUAUCUCCCCUGUUAGAAGAAGACCGAUCCAAGUCUGCGCCCACAUCACCAUGUGACCAGGAUUUAAAGGAUCUGGAGAACAUCAGGAAGGCACUUUCGUUUGAUCACCGCAGUGAAGAGCUGAAACAGGCCUCAGAGGGGGUCUCAGAGGAGACGGGGGAGGCCAGAGAGAAUGGAGAGGUGAAGACGGUUCAGGCCAAAAGGAUGAUGCUGGAAGACUUCUCCUUCAUCAAAGUGCUUGGAAAAGGCAGCUUUGGCAAGGUGAUGCUGGCUGAGUUAAGAGGCACUGAUGAAGUUUUUGCUGUGAAAGUGUUGAAGAAAGACGUUAUCCUUCAGGACGAUGAUGUAGACUGCACUAUGACUGAAAAACGCAUUCUAGCACUGGCCAGAAGACAUCCUUAUCUUACCCAACUCUACUGCUGCUUUCAGACUAAGGACCGUUUGUUCUUUGUUAUGGAAUAUGUGAACGGUGGAGACCUGAUGUUCCAGAUACAACGAUCACGCAAAUUUGAUGAAGCUCGUUCCCGGUUUUACGCUGCUGAAGUGACCUCAGCCCUCAUGUUCUUGCACCACAAUGGGGUCAUUUACAGGGAUUUGAAACUAGACAACAUUCUGUUGGAUGCAGAAGGUCACUGUAAGCUGGCAGACUUUGGCAUGUGUAAGGAGGGAAUCCUGGAUGGCAUCACAACCACAACAUUCUGUGGCACACCAGAUUAUAUUGCCCCAGAGAUCCUGCAGGAGCUUGAGUAUGGUCCGUCCGUGGACUGGUGGGCUCUAGGUGUGCUGAUGUAUGAGAUGAUGGCCGGACAGCCUCCUUUUGAAGCAGAUAACGAGGAUGACCUUUUUGAGUCCAUUCUCCAUGAUGACGUCUUGUAUCCUGUUUGGCUCAGCAAAGAGGCUGUCAGUAUUCUUAAAGCGUUCAUGACAAAGAGCCCCAGUAAGCGGUUGGGUUGUGUAGUGUCCCAAGGACUGGAAGAAGCUAUUAAAGUGCAUCCAUUCUUCAAAGACAUCGACUGGGUACUUCUAGAACAGAGGAAGGUCAAGCCGCCAUUCAAGCCACGUAUUAAAACCAAAAGGGACGUCAACAAUUUUGACCAGGACUUCACCCGUGAGGAACCGGUGCUCACUCCAGUGGAAGACGCCAUCAUCAAGCAAAUCAACCAAGAAGAGUUCAAGGGUUUCUCUUAUUUUGGAGAAGAGACCCUGUCUUAAUACUAAAACCUCCAUCUCCUGAGCUGUACUUUGCACACAUGUGCGCUGUGAACGCUGUGAAAGCCUAUGAGCUCACCGUAGAUCUUCAUUUACCAAGAAUUUGAUGCUUUAAAUGAAAAGUAGAGAGUUAGGCUUUACAAUCUUUCCUGCUGACAACACACACAACAGAAUAUCACACAUUUUCACCGAAUGGAACUGAAAUGAGUAGACCUUAUUUAACGUAUGUAAAAUAGAGAGUUGUACCUAGAGGAGCUGAUGAGACAUCACUAAAGCAGCUAAGUAGAUCUAAGAAUUUUGGGGACGGUCAUUUUAUGUUCAUUUCUUCUCCCAUAAUGCAGUGUAUCAGGGUAAUGGUACCUCUGGAGUCAACACAUCUACACUAGAACUGCUUUGAAAUGCAAACAAAAAAACAAUAGUAUAGAACCAGUGAAUGUAUUGCAGGUGUGAUGCUAAUGAACGUAAGAAUUGGGAGUUUUAAAGCACUCAGCAUUGGGAUUGUCCCAUAAUGGGCUGAUAGCCAGAGACUUGGUAGUAUUGGAAAGGUGAUGCACAGACUCAGAACUGCCUUUCUUGAGACCACUGCGCCAUUUCCAUUUGCAACAGCAGUGUUGACAUAUACCCGUGUUACAAAAAACAUGUGUUGUGUGUGUGCACAUAUAUACUGGAGAGUAAGGUUACAAAAGGUCCCUUUUUAAUGUUUCUUUGUGUAUGUGUGAAUGUGUGUAUGUGUGUGAUUUUUUUUAUGAUAUUACUGGAUUAUUGUUUUGUUGCUGGUUUCUUUACAGUGCAACAAAACCUAUUAUUGUAAACGGGUCAGGACAGUAGCCAACCAUGUCUCUACAGUUCUAAAUACAGUACAUGUCCUGAUUACCCCGAUUGUUAGGCUGUGAACUUUGGAAAUAGACUAAUCAUCUAAUGCAUGGUUAUGCCUAUGAUAUUCUUGUGUGUUGUUAGACAAUGAGAAACUGUUAUGUGCAAUAUUCUGUGUGUGUGCGUGUGUGUUGGUCUAGCGUUACAAUUUUUUUGUCUCCGUUUCAACUUCAGAUUCUGUUUCUCUGAUUUUUACUGUUUCCUACAGUCUUCUACAUCCUUGGUCUUUCAUGCACUCUAGUCAGACAAGACAAAAAGUUGAGGUCUUGUGGCAAAAAUGUCAAAUGCAUACAAAUGAUCUUCCAUUCUGAAUAUAGCACAACUGCAGUACUCCAGAAUUGCUCCCAAUCUGAUACCUGUCACAUUUUGAUGGCAUAUAAUGUUAGAAUUUGAUUAUUAACAAUACAAUGAAAACUUUGCGCAAUUGUACUUCAUUCGAAAUUUUAAACAUAAUCUUUAUUUUAUUUAUUUAUUAUUUUCACUUGCCACA